GUUAAAAUUACAAAGAAAAUAUUUACAGGGAACUCGUGAGGGUUUUUGCACUAUAUUUUUUGCUUUUUUCAAGUAUUUUAUAGGACAAAUUUGACGUAAGAAAUGUGAAAAUUGUGUAGUGCAAAAAAGAAGGUUAAUUGGUGAAAUAUUUUCCUAUUUAUUUAUUCAUAAAGGUAGCAAAUUUAAUGUUUAUAUUGUAAUUUUGUAUUUGCGGAUACAUGUAGAAAAGCGAAAAACUCGUGUGUUGACAAUUUCCCUUCUUCACAUAAAGUGGUGAAUGUUAUCAUAGCCAAGCUAGAUAUGAACAAUUAUUAAUUUUUAUGGAAAGGAGAAAUCUCGCAACGCUUUCAUUUAUUCUGACGUAACAUUUUUGCGAUUGCCUUUCACACACACAUACGAGAACAUGCAUUAAUAAUCAGGCGACUCAAAUGACAGCACUCUUUGAUUAACAUAGAAUGGUCAAAGUUUAAUAAAAACGGAUAUUUACCGUCUACAAACUUAACGUUAUGCUUAGUCACUAAGCGUACGUACAGUAUAUUUCCAUAGCUGUGAUAAAAUGGCCCCAAAUUACAGUAAGUUUCUUACGAGGAACAAUGCCAUCGCAGGAUGUGCAGCUCUAUCUGCCAGCAUCAUUUUUCUGGCUUACAGACAACAAAAGAAACUGAAAGUAAACAGAAAGAAAUUAAAGAAAGAUGUAGAAGAAGAGUUAAAAUACUUAAUUUCUGAAAAGAAGGAACCAAGAACAAAGGUACAGGUAGACAGGAAGUUAUUUAUACAGCUUGGGCAGUUAUUUAGGAUUGUUGUGCCAGGAUGGGCAUCGACGGAAAGCAGUAUGUUUUUCCUGAUAGCCGGCAGCUUAAUAGCGAGAUCUUUGUGUGAUUUGUGGAUGAUUAAUCAUGGCACUAAAAUUGAAAGCGCCAUAAUCUCAAUGGACAAACAACUCUUCUACAAGAGGCUUCUUAAAUUCCUCAUGACCCUCCCUGUAAUCGCCCUAGUGAACAACCUCCUCAAAUACUCCAUCGGGGACCUCAAAAUCCGGCUCAGAACCAACCUAACACGACGCCUCUACGAGGACUACCUGAAAAACUACACUUAUUACCGAAUUUCAAACCUAGACAACCGAAUCUCUAACCCUGACCAACUCCUGACCACUGACAUAGAUAAAUUCUGCGAAGCAGUCACAGAUCUGUACUGCAACACAGCCAAACCCAUGCUGGACAUCGGAAUCUAUGUCUACAAACUAUCCACAUCCAUGGGAGGUAGCACUCCAGCUCUUAUGUUAUCAUACCUGUUUGUUUCUGGUCUUGUCCUGACGCAUCUACGUAAACCUACAGCCAGGCUGACAGCAGAAGAACAGAAGCUAGAAGGUGAAUUCCGACACAUCAAUUCUAGGUUAAUAACCCACUCAGAAGAAGUGGCUUUUUAUAAUGGAAACCUUCGUGAAAAGGCCACUUUGUUAGCCAGCUACAACAAGCUGAAACAUCACUUGGUUAAGUUUCUCGGCUUCAAAGUUAUCAUGGGUAUAGUUGACAACUUGGUCGCAAAAUACUUCGCAAGCAUUGUAGGAUUUUGGGCGGUAUCUCUACCGUUUAUUUCCGGUAAAAUUUCUAAAGGAAGUCACGGAGAGAGAUCAAGGUUGUAUUACACCUACGGCAGGAUGUUGUUGAAGCUUGCUGAAGCUAUCGGGAGGUUAGUUCUUGCUGGAAGGGAUUUAACAAGACUUGCUGGGUUUACAGCUAGAGUUACACAGUUAAGAACAGUUCUAUCAGAGUUAAACGACGGGAAGUACCAAAGAACGAUGGUGGCCGGUGCUGAGCACCUAAAACCCAACGGAGGUAAGCUUAUUUUCAAGAACAACCUCAUCAAAUUCGAAAAAGUACCUUUGGUAACCCCCAACGGAGAUAUUUUAGUGCCUGAAUUAACUUUCGAGAUCACAUCAGGCAUGAAUGUCCUGGUUUGUGGACCUAACGGUGCAGGGAAGUCGUCUUUGUUCAGAAUUCUUGGGGAAUUGUGGCCGAUAUUUGGUGGAGAACUCACUAAACCCCCCAGGGGGAAGCUGUUUUACAUUCCCCAAAAACCCUACAUGACUUUAGGGUGUUUAAGAGAUCAACUCACGUAUCCUCACAGUGGUAGUGAGGCUGCUAGGAGGGGAGCUACUGAUGAAAUCCUUAUAAGUCACUUGCAGAGGGUUCAGUUAGGUUAUUUGCUGGAAAGAGAAGGAGGAUUAGACGCGAUAGCUGAUUGGCUGGAUGUGUUGUCUGGGGGUGAGAAACAAAGGAUUGCUAUGGCUAGAUUGUUCUAUCACAAGCCUCAGUUUGCGAUUUUGGAUGAAUGUACUAGUGCUGUAUCUGUGGAUGUGGAAGGCAGUAUGUACAGGUAUUGUAGGGAGGUAGGUAUAACGCUGUUGACAGUUUCACAUCGCAAGUCUUUGUGGCAGCAUCAUGAGUACGUGCUGCAACUCGACGGAAGAGGGAGUUUUUCUUUUAAACCUAUAGAAAAUGAAACUGAACAAUUUGGAUCCUAAGACAUAUUUUUUUUUAAAUUAAAAUUUAAUAUUUAAUAAGCACAAUAAAGCCGCGUCCAAGCUACUCGAACAAAAUGUUCGCGAACAUAUAUAAUUAAACAGAUACUAAGUGAAAAUUGUAAGAUAGGUAGAUUUAUAAAUAAUAAAGCCAAUAAGUACAGCUAGCCUAGGCCUAUUAAGGAGAGCGGAGCGCGGAGCGCCGAACGGAUAGCCUGUACGCCAGAGCGUGCGUUUGCCUAUGCUAGAGCGCGCGCGUUCUUGUUCCGACGGGUGUCGGUAAAUCAAAAGGAGCGAACGGCGUGCAUUUCGGCGGACAUUGUACCGGACACUUGGAAGGGUCUCAUUUAAUUUCGGGCGGCCAUCUGUGAUUUUUAUUUUUUACCGAGUAUUCGACAAUGGGGGACGCAGUUAUUGACUGGGAUCGUGAAAAACAUUUACAACUAAUUUGUUUACACAAAGAAAAGAUUUUAUAAUUUUCAUUUUAUUGUGGGUUGAGUGUGAAUAGCUAUGUA